UUAUUUAAGCGGUCCAGCGAGAUACUCGACAAAACGGUUGUCUACACGCGCGGGGCGAAUAGGCAUAGGAGGGUAUCGCCAUCCCGGUAGUAGAUCUCGAGUGUUCUAUAUCGUCGCGAUCAUGACGAAGUUUUCGGAUAUUACUGCUGAAUCCUGGCAAACAGCACCAUACGAUCCUAGAUUUCCUAAUCAGAAUCAGACUAGAUACUGUUACCAGAGCUACAUAGACUUUCACCGAUGCAAGAAGAAGCACAAUGAAAAUUAUGAAGCUUGCCAAUACUUUAAGAGAGUCUACGCUUCGAUGUGUCCGAAUGCCUGGGUAGAAAAGUGGGAUGAACAGGUCGAAGCAGGCACAUUUGCUGGUCGCAUCUAGAAUUUCCCGCGGUUGAUAUGCCGCAUUUGCUUUAUCUUAGUAAACUAUAAAUAGUCAAACAGAAUUCUAGAGUUAUGUCACUUCCUGUUUGUAUGUGUGUAUGUAUGUGUGGUGUGUGUAUGUAGAUAUAUAUAUAUAUAUCUACAUAUAGUAUAUGUAGAUUUCAUAUAUAUAUAUAUAUAUGUAAAAUCAAUUUAAAUAAAUCUAAUACCAGUCUUUUAUCUCUCCCAUUAUGAGAUCUCCUGUUAUAUCUCAGCGAAUUUAUGUGAAACUUAAUGAUUACACUUCUCUCUUCUGAUUAUCAUAAUUGUAUAAUGAUCUAAUUUGUGAAUUUGUAUAAGUUAAAAUUUUGUCUACCUAUGGUAAAUAAGUAGCUCGCGGCAUAUUUCAAUAAGAUAAAGUGAUGUAAGUCUAUAUAAAAUAUUCAUUAUAAUA